AAGAAUUUUUUUCAUAGGUGAGACCGUGAGAAGUCGCCGGUGAUUGCAUUUUUUUUUAGCGUGGAGCGCCGGCACGUGACUAGCCUUUCCGCCUCAACUCCACACAGCUGAAUAAAAUGGCAUUGUAUUGGAAUCACAAGCCAUAGAGUGCUACUAGAAACCGUCAACAAAACGUGUUGAAAAACCACCACAAAUUGAAAUUCACCCCACCUUAGAACUACUCUUAUGCUUGAUGGAAUGCACUUCAAAUGUUUGUUAAAAUGCUUGUUGCUGAUUAGCAAGUUCUUUUCAUCGAACCCGUUUCCCUUUUUACUGAUAAUAAAGCAAUUGCUGGUACGUACUCCAAGUGUUUGCUAAAAUGCUUAGUAGAAACAGGAUGCUUAUCAGAAGUUUGGUUUCGAGUUCAGUCCCUUGUACGAGAAACUUUUCAGGGACAGCCCCGCCUCCACGGCAGGUUCUGAAAACCGGAGAUACUUUAAGACAAACGAGGAUAUUCACAAACGAGGACGUUACUGAAUAUUCAAAGGCGAGUCAUGAUUCCAAUCCAUUGCAUUUCGAUUCUGAAUUUGCCCGGAAUGCUGGAUUUGAGGAUCGGGUUGUCCAUGGAAUGCUGGUUGCUGCUCUAUUUCCUCGGAUUAUUGCAUCUCACUUUCCUGGAGCCGUAUAUGUUUCUCAAAGCCUACAUUAUAAAUGCCCUGUAUAUAUUGGAGAUGCAGUUGUUGGAGAGGUACAAGCUACUAAUAUAAGAGAAAACAAGAGUAGAUACAUAGUCAAAUUCUCGACAAAGUGCUUCAAGAACGAUAAGCUUCUCGUUAUUGAUGGAGAGGCUGUGGCGAUUUUACCAAAUCUAGCUGCGGAGAAGGCGAAUGUUGUGGACUGAUGAACCUUCAGCAAAGGGCGCAGAUGGAUGUUGUCAGACUAAAAAUUUUGAAGGUGCUUUGCUUUGAUUACUUUCUAAUUUACGAGUCUUGGACCUCUUGGUAGACAGGCCAAUGGAUUUGAUGACUCUUUUAGCUGUUUUCAAGGAUAGUUCUUUCCCUCGCCGUCCUGUCCCAUAUCUUUGUCGGCGCAUGAGAGAGGGAGAUGGCUAGUCUAUGGACUUGCAUUUGACUUGGUGGUGGAAUUGGUGAAGAUUGUUUUUUUUUUUUUAAAAAAAAAAAAACUGGCUUUCUUCGAAUUCUUUUACUAGCGUGCUCCGGCAUAAACUUGUAGGUUUCUUGGAGUGCUCCUAUUUUAGGUUAUAAAGCAUUAGUACAUGUUUCAUUCAAGGCUCUCUCAUAGAGUUCAGAGCUCGCUCCUUGCAUUACCAUCUUUGACUCGCUUUAACCGGAAGUGUAGAGAGUCAUAUUCGCCUGAGGCAAAGAAGAGCUGCAAUAAAAUGAAUUGUUUGUCA